AAACCCUUACGGGAGAAGCUGCAGGCUUUGCAGUGUCAUUUCACCUGGUGCUCCGAGGUGAGGGAUCGGUUGGAUGUGGCCCACAUCCUGAAGGUCCUGUCCCUCCACGUGGAGCACACUUUGUACCGCGUCCGGAGCACGUACAUCGCCAUGAAAGCAUACAUGCAUCAUCUGCAAGGCUCCUACAAAGAGGCUCUGUGCGAUCUCUCAGAUGCAGAAGGUGUUCUGUUGGGGGACUACCUGGCCAACUUCUCUUGCCACGCCCUGCUGGUUUAUGGGAACUUUGCCUGGAUUUAUUACCUCUUGGCCAAUUACGAGAUGGCGGAGCGCUACCUGGGCCGGAUUCGUGAGAUCUGCCGGUCCCUGUCCAGCCCUGAGCCGUACUCCGCGCAGAUCCCUGAGAUCCACGCGCAGAGAGGCUGGUCCCUUCUAGUCCUGGGUUUCCAGAAUGGAGAAGAGGCCAGAGAGUGCUUCCAACUGGCCGUUGGCGGAGACGAGUCCAACCCGGAGUUCCAAGCCGGUUUGGCCAUCUCCGUCUUUGCCUCCUGGACUCAUUUGCGGAGAAGCGAGCUUUGGAACGAGGCGACGAGGCUGAUGGAAGAAACUCUCCGCAGCCAGCCCCAGAACUGGGAUAUCAAGAUGUACUUGGCCGUUCUCCUUCAGAGCACAGACGCGCCAAGAGCAAGAAGCCUGGUGGAAGACAUCUCCCAGGCCAACCUCAACCCCGAGGUCCUCAGAAACGCGGCCCGCUUGUGCAAGCCCCACUCCCUUCCCCAAGCCGUCAGCCUCUUGCAACGAGCGAUCGCCCUGGCUCCCGGGUACCACCUCCUGCACUACGACCUUGGCAUCUGCCACACAAACCAGCUGGAAGGAGCAUCUCCGGAGGAGAGAGAAGGGAUCCUGGCUGCCGCCAUCGAGAGCUUCCAGCGGGCCGUGGAAGCCGAUCCUCUCUCUGUGUUCCCCAAGCUGGCGCUGGCGAAAGUCUACAGAGGAAGGAACCCGCUUUACGCGGAAGAGAUUUAUCGGAACCUGCUGCAGGAGCUGCCGAUGACCAGCAAGCGACACCAGCAGGCCGUGUAUCGGCACUGGGGGGAUUUCCUCCUCCACGAGAAGGGGCUGAGGCGGGAGGCGCUGGAGAUGUACCAGGCCGGCUGCGCCAUCUUCGGGGGCUGCCCGAAGGAAGGGCAGCAGCUGAGAAGAAGGGUGGCCGAGCUGGCAAAGGUUUCGGGAGAAAGCUCUGCAAGGGACCAGACUGACGCUGUCCAUCGGGGGCUUCAGCUCCAACCUGAACUUUAGAAGCAAAUUGGAAAUCCAGACUCCCCCCUUCUGUAGCAUCUUUGGAGGAACCCGAAGACCUGUUGAAUCGCCACACCUGGUUUUGAAUCUCUGUAGGAUAGGAAGGAUGUUCUGUUAACAAUAAACGCAUUUGGGUUUUUGCGGUGACUUUGGAGCCGGCCGGGCGCUGUCUUCCCUUUUGAAAAGCUUUUGACCAGUUUUGACAACAGUUGAAGGUUUGUGGAAUAGUAAAUGGACUCUUUUUAGAGUUAAAAAUGAGACUAUGGAAAUAUGUACUUUUUCAAUCUUGCUUUUAUGAUAAGGACUGAAGGAGUAUAAUUGUAAAUGAUUCUUUUUUUAUUUUAUUUUAUUAGCAUUAUAAGUUUCUUUUCUUUCUGCAGAUUCUAAAAAUGCUAAAAUUACCUUUUAUUUAUUUUUUUUAGUACAUCAAUUAAAAGGCACCGGUGGAGGUCACGAAAAGGGGGGGAGGGAAUCACCACACCUGGUUUUGAAUCUCUGUAAGAUAAGAAGGAUGUUCUGUUAACAAUAAACACAUUUGGGGUUCUGCGGUUA